AUGUCCGAUAACGUCGGUAUAAGAUGGGCCCUAGACCUGCAGCAUGCCCGCCACAACCCGGAGUCUGCUGGAGACAUGAGUGGCUUGACCCGGAUCACGUCUCGUGAGAAUGAGACCAAUUCACAAGAGCUAGACAGAGGUAGUGCCUCUCAAAGUUCCGGUGGUGAUUCCAGCAGUACACAGCGCAAUACUCCCAUUGCGUUGGCUGCGCAGAACCUUGCAGAACCUGUCGACGACAAUGCCUUUGGCCGACUGGAUGCGCAUGUACAGCAGGGCGUCGCUGUAUCUCCCGGGCUUCCUUCAUCUAGAUCGCAUCCAUCUCUUCCUUCGUCCACCCAGACAUCGUCAAAUUCAUUAAAGUCCAUGUUUGAGCGUGAGCUUGAGCGCGGGAAACCUGCUGGGACGUCCACGGUUCAUCGGGCGCUUUCCACAAAGUCAACAGUUGCGUAUCCGCGCCGGCGUCGUCCAUCACACUCAAAAUCUCUCUCCCACUCUCUGUCAACCUCAAAGCGAACAGUCAACGCUGACCGUCCGACCUAUCCUGACCAAUCCUUUGCUGCUUUACAAGUCCAGUUUCCUGCUUCCAGACCUCCUCCACUCCGGACUCGAAGCUCUCAUCCGGCACAAAACCUCCUCUACAACGAGAUGUCGACCUGGGCUAAGCCGACUCGAGAUCGGCAGUCCAACUGCCAGGGUACGAAGACUGCAGACAAUACACCCAUGUCGAGCCCUGGCCUCUUCAAUCCGGAAGCUCGGGUACCUUCAUCGCCCUCUCUUACCGAACUCGGUGCCCAGCUACAUCACCUUCAAGAACCCAAAGAAACACACACUGCCGAGAUCGAACAUGACACCUAUUCGGGUAACAAAUUCAUCAACAACUACGAGAUUGUUCAGGAACUAGGUCGAGGCGAGCAUGGCAAAGUGAAACUUGGACGAGAUAUCGAAAAGGGCACUUUGGUCGCGGUCAAGAUCGUCCCGAGAUACUCUGUUAAGCGACGCCUUGGUCGCCUCGGUACACCAGAAGACCGCACAAAGCGAGAAGUAGCUAUUCUAAAGAAGGCGAGACAUCCGAACGUUGUCAGUUUGCUGGAGGUCAUCGACGAUCCCAACAAAAACAAGGUCUACUUGAUCCUCGAAUAUGUGGAGCGAGGCGAAAUCAAAUGGCGCAAGCGGGGUGUUCGUGAAAUUUUGGCAGUCAACAACAAUAGGUUCGUCCAGGAACGCUUGGGUAUACAGCUACCUCUUGAACCAGUCGAACGGGACCUUUUCAAUAUUGCCCAGGCUAAGCGCCGUCACGAACAGCAAGAGAAGGCGCGGGCCGCAGCUUCAAACUUGAUCCCGAACUGGAGUCUUGAGCAUGGAGGGGACGAACUGGAUGACGAUGAGGGAUUGUCAGAUAUCUCUCGAUCUGGCUCCCGACAUUUCUAUGAAUCAAACAUCCCCAGCAGGACUGGCUCCCACGAAGACUACGCUGAUAUAGCCCUAGCUGGGAGCAUGUAUGGUGCAUAUACCCCUGAUGCGUAUCACAACAGUCGGAAAUUCAGUAUCGCGACCAGCGCUGUUUCCCACAUGUCGUCGGAGUGGAAUCUCGAUGAAAACGAUGACGAGAAAUCCUACGUUCCUGCCAUGACUCUUGAAGAAGCUCGCGGAGCCUUCCGAGAUACGCUGUCUGGCCUUGAAUUCUUGCAUUUCAUAGGUAUCAUUCACCGUGAUAUCAAACCAGCCAAUCUGCUCGUCACCAGCAAUGGGACCGUCAAGAUAUCGGACUUCGGUGUCUCUUAUCUCGGACGUCCAACAACCGACGAAGAUCCUGAGAAUAAGCUUACAGAAAACGACGUUUCAGCACUGGACGACGAGAAAGAACUUGCCCGGUCCGUGGGAACACCAGCAUUCUGGGCUCCUGAACUUUGCUAUGAGGACCCUUCUAUGUUCGAAGAGAAGAAUGGCCCCAAAAUCACUGGAGCACUCGACCUCUGGGCCUUGGGUAUCACUCUCUACUGUAUGGUGUAUGCUCGCCUCCCAUUCUACGCAACUGAAGACAUGGGGCUUCACGAAGCAGUAUGCAAGGCUGAAGUCUUUUUGCCAAGCUCCCGACUUGUUCCCGUUGACACGUCGCGUGAUAGACCUACGUACCACGUCCCGACUUCGAUCAACAGCAACAAGCGACUGGAUUAUGAACUCAAAUUCGAACUUGUACCAGAAGGGGUUCGCGAUCUCAUACGAAGACUCCUAGUCAAGGACCCUGCGAAGCGCAUGACCAUCCUAGAAGCGAAACGACAUGAAUGGGUGGUUGAAGGCAUGCAUGACCCGUCAGAGUGGUUCAAAGGCCCUCCGGAGAUGGAGAAAGAAAGCAAGAAGAAGAUUUUGGAAGUGGACGAAAAAGAGCUCUCGCACGCGGUUGGCAAGAGAAACAUCAUUGAACGCGCGCUGAAUACGGCUGGGAGACUGGCAGGAAGUCUCCUUGGUAGAAGCAACACGCGAAAACGUGCUCCCAGUGCAGCCACCUCUGCAAGUCACAGUCGCUCCAGCGAUUCAAUUGCGUCAGCUUCGCCGUCCAUCGCAAGCACCGCAGCAAAGAAUGAGCGUGAUAGGAUGCGGGAUGUCAGAAGAACUAGUCUGCGUGGCGAUGAAGUUCUAGCUGCUCUCAAGACUUCCAGAGAGAAUACUGAGCAUCCCCUGGCGCAAAGUCAAACCGCAAGCCCUGACACAUCUCCACAUGAGAAUUACUUCGGCAACUCGUUGCUAAUUCCAACGGCAGCAUCGACAGGUGUCAGCCCCAUGCAGGAGCGUGAAGGUCGUCCCCGCAUACCGGAUAGAGCCAUCUCUAUCCUUUCGACUACUGAGUCAGUCAAGACGAUCAAAGCUUCGCAGAUGCAAAGGCACCCUUCGCCACUUCACGACUCAUCUCCCUCCAUCGUCGGAUAUAGCACUCACGAUAGAAGCUUGAAAGCCAGGGUUGAUGGUCUUUGGGAGGGUACGGCAAAGACGUUGGCCAGACUCGGCAGCCGAGACCGUCGGUCACAGAGAAGUGAACACUCGCCAGUAUCGAGUCGCCACUCCUCUGAAGGUGAUGGCCACACCCGACCUAGCAUUGCCGUCAGUACAGCUUCAGCUGCGGGUGCCAUCGAACCACCAGAUGCCUUGAGGACCCCAGUCACAUCGGUCGACGGCAACACAGCUCCACCACUUCCUCAGAUGCAGGCCACGCCAUAUCCAAGGACUGUUUUCCAAGCACCUGCAUCGACGGAAGAGGCCUUUGAACAAGCCCGGGAUAUCAACCAACGCCGGCUCAUUCAGGAGGCCCAUCAACAAGCUGUGGCCGCUGCAGAGGCUUCCUCGAGACGCCCGAAUGAAACCACAGUCAAUGAAUGCCCGCCAUCUCCUGACGAUAUGAUGUUUCUGGAAAGACAGCGGACCAAGGUUUCAAACGACCCGCCACAAUUCUCCAUCGGCUCUUCAGGACCAUCGGCCAGCACCAUUGCGUCAUCGAUAGAUGGUUAUGGUGCCAGCAGCGUGUCACAAAGCAUCUCCGACCCGAGUUUUGGAGUCGAAUCUGGUGCAUCUUCACCUCCUGGCGAAGGGUUUAUGACCAUGGACCAGGCGGGAACUCCAGCCGAUGUCACUGCUGCGGGCAAAGACAUCGAACCGGCCUUCAUGCGCACCGCAGACACGAUCACCAAACAUGGGAGACCGACGCAAACCGCUACCGGGCCCUCUCUUGAAGAUUGGCAGAACAACAGCUAUGAAUACCAUCACGAUGACGACGAUGACUCCGAUGAAGAUGCAAUGAUGAUGGGCGUCGCUCAGAAGAAGUUCUAA